AUGAGUGAUUAUAACUUAAACAGUUUUUGUUCUGAUCAUGAAAACGAACAAUAAGAAGAAAAUAUAAAGGACUAUUUAAAUGACCCGAAAAAUCCGCCUGAUCAUCGUUUAAGAAUAUCAAUAGACAUCCGUUCAUUAAAAGAUUAAGACUUUCGAGGAAAUAUAUAUAAUUUACUUUAAGCUCAAGUUAAAAAGACAAGUUAAAGUUAUGCAAGAGUAUAUGAUGUUUAUUUACCAGUAGAUGAAUUAGAUGAAGAGAGAAACCCAAUAAAAAAAAUAGCUGAACUAAGAGUUAUUUUAUACUUAGAAGAUUUAGGUCCAAAAGACUAAUUAAAUUAAAAAGAAAAAGAAUUAGGUUUGGAUGAAAAUGAGGAAUAUAACAAUUUAGAAUAAUAAUAAUAGCCUUUAGUUUUAAAUGAUAAAAAUUCAGAUUUUGUUGGAGAUUUGGAAUAUAAAAUAAUUUGGGAAUUAGAAAAUUGGAAAAAAGCAGAAGAAUAAAAAUUCAAGAUUUAUUUAAAAUAAAAGGAAGUGGAUUUUUUACAAAAACUAAAUGAAGAAUAUAAACGAAAAGAAAUCGAAAAAGACAAAGUUUUCAAAAAAACUGAAUGCUCUAUUAAUUUAUUACAUAAAAAAAUAAAAGAAAAAGCUAAUGAUUUAUAAAAAAGAGAAUAGAAAAUUGUACUUUUAGAAGAAGAAUUAAAAACUAAAAUUUAAGAUGUUUCUAGAUAAGUUUCUAUUAAGGAAGAUUUAAUAGUUGAUCUUAAAAAAAAACUUAAAGACGAAAAAGGUAACUCUGAAAAAGAAAAAACUGUUCUUAAAGCUUAAUAUAUUAUAUUACUUAUUAUCUUCAUAUGUGUUUCUAUAUUUUAUAGCCCUUCUAUUUUUUAUGUUUUAAUUUCUAUCAAUUCAAGAUUCUGCUUUUCUACUUAAGAAGCUAAAUACAAAAUAGUUUUAAUGAGACAUGGAGAAUCAAUUUGGAAUUAAGAAAAUCGUUUCACAGGUUGGAAAGAUGUUUAAUUAUCUGCAAAAGGUAUUUAAGAAGCCAGAUCAGCCGGAAAAACAUUAAAAUAGAAUGGAUAUGAAUUUGACAUCGUAUUUACAUCAGUUCUAUAAAGAGCUAUUUAAACAUACAAUAAUGUCGCUGAUGAAUUAGAAUGUCAUCAUUUACCAGUCAUUAAACAUUGGAGACUAAACGAGAGGCAUUAUGGCUCACUUCAAGGAUUAAAUAAAUCUGAAACUGCAUAAUUACAUGGAGAAGAUUAAGUUAAAAUUUGGAGAAGGUCUUAUUCUAUUCCCCCUCCACCUAUGACUGAAAACGAUGAAAGAUUCCCGGGAAAAGACAAAAGAUAUGCUUAGGUUCCUGCCCAUGCUUUACCGAAAACUGAAGCUUUGGCAGAUUGUGUUGUUAGAGUUAUUCCUUUCUGGUAUGAUGCUAUUGUACCUCAAGUUCUUUCUGGAAAAAAAGUUAUGGUAGUUGCUCAUGGAAAUUCAUUAAGAUCAAUAGUUAAGCAUUUAGAUAAUGUAUCUGAAAAAGAUAUUACUGAAAUUAAUAUUCCUACUAGUGUACCCUUAGUUUAUGAAUUUGAUGAAGAAUUUAAACCUAUAAGACAUUUCUAUUUAGAAAUAAGAAGCAGUUUCUAACUAAGGAAAAAAAAAUGA